GAGAGCAGCGUGCGAGUGGCAAUGAGAGCAGGAACCGAAUCUCCUCGGAUCUCAACUUUCUGGCCACUUUGGUGGAGGAAGCGGGGGAAGGAUUAUACGGAGGGACCAAGAUGGCGGCGCCCAGCCCUACGGCUGCUGCUCCCGCCUCGGAGAACGAGGAGGGCGAUUUGGGGGUUAAAGCCAAGUCCCCGGCCAUCACGCCGCAGAAAAUCCGGGAGCUGAUAGAUGGGGGGAUCGCUCCGGAAGAAAGCAGCCUGGAAGGAAAGGAUUCAUCUGCUUUCUCUGAAGUAGCAAAUGGGUCUCCCCAGACCGACGAGCUGCCUUUCGAAGCCACCAGUAAAGAAGCCUACUUCAGCAGAGUGGAAACAUUUACCUCCCUCAAGUGGGCAGGCAAACCCCACGAGUUGUCUCCUUUGAUCUGCGCCAAGUAUGGAUGGACCAAUGUUGAGUGUGACAUGUUGAAGUGUGCCAGCUGCCAGGCCUACCUCUGUGCCAGCCUACAGCUGGCUGUUGACUUCAGCAAGUACAAGGAAAGGUGCUCAGAGCUGAGGAAGGCUUUGUCAGCCGCUCACGAGAAGUUCUGCUUCUGGCCUGACAGUCCCUGCCCAGAUCGCUUUUCCGUCUUGCUGGUCGAUGAACCCCUUGCCCUUUUCAGUGACUUACUGGAGCGCUUUCAGAGCCUCUGCCAGUUGGACCUUCAGCUGCCCUCUCUGAAACCAGAAGAUCUCAAAAGCAUGUCCUUGACGGAAGAGAAAAUCAGCCUUGUUCUGCAACUGAUUGAGGAGGAAGCCGACUGCAAAACAGAGAGUGAGAAAACGCCAGUCAAGCGUGCGUCAGACCCUUUUCAAAUCCAUGUCACGGCUUGCAUCCUAGCCCUCUGUGGCUGGACUAGUAGCUCUUCUUCUGGGUCUGUACAUCUCCCCUGCAUCACCUGUUCUCGCUGCAUGAGGAAGGUGGGGCUGUGGGGUUUCCACCAAAUCGAGUCUGCCUUGCCUGAGACGGAGCUGCCCUCCAGCCUCACCAGCACUCCCAUCCUUCCCGUUGACGGGCGCUCUGACAAAAUCCCCGUGGUGCCCACAUCUCCACGCCGGAUGAUCACCCGCAGCCAGGAUAUGAGCUUCCCUCUGGGCACUGAGCAGCACGAGAAGAGCCCGUCCCCCGUGAUCAGCCGUAUGCGCAGCUGGGACAGCUCCAGUGAACGCGCCGACACGGAAGCAGCGAGCCCUACCACUCGGAGCCGGCCCGUAACCCGCAGCAUGGGGCAAGGCGAUGGGGGCGGCCUGGGGGCUGAAGUGCCCUCCAGCCCUCACCGGAGGGCCAAGCGGGCUCGCCUCUGCUCCACCAGCAGCUCGGAUUCAUCUGCCCGGAGCUUUUUUGACCCCGUCUCCCAGCACCGUGACUGGUGUCCGUGGGUCAAUGUGGUGAAGGAGAGCGCAGCCUAUGGAGGGGCUGGAGAGGGCCACCCAGAGGUGAAGGGGGAGCCUGGCUGGCAGAUGGUCCUGAAGGCUGUCCUGGCUUCCAGGCGAUCGGAUAGGCCCGCAGAUAAAGAGUUGGAGAAUCUCUCCAUGAAAUCCUGCAAGGUGUUCCGGAUUUUCCGGCAAUGGGAAGCUACCUGUUCCUCCUGAGGACUUCUGGCCUUUGACGGCAUCGUGGAAUGAACCUACUAAGUGUAAUGGAUGGAACUUUCUCUCUCUCUUUUAAUUCAUAGAAAAAGACUAUUAUUUGCACUGGAGGCAAGGCUGCCCUGGGAAAACUUGCCUUCACUCCAAACUCGCAGCCUGGAGCAAUCUUUGAGGUCAUGCCGAAAACACAGGGAAGAUGUGUAAACUGUGCAGCCACUGGCGGCCAUUUUUUUAUUGCCUUCUUUGUGUUUACCUGGCCAUUUCCUGAAGCCUUUGCACUGGUUCUCACUUGUCUGGGUGAUUCUCCAGCUCAAGUGGGGUUGAGGUUCCCAAAUGUGCCCUUGCUUGAGCUGAACUAGAUCCACCUGAGAAAGAAGAUGGGACAGAUGGAAGGCUCUGCAUGUUGCAUAUUUGGGUAUGUCUUUCCUGCAUGACUGAAUCGGCUUUGCGGCUGAGCCUCACUGCCCUGCUGCAAGGGAUCCUGGGAAGUGUAGAUCCGUGACGGGUCUGGGGAUAUCUGGCAACUUGUUCUUAGCACCUGCACAGAAACUACAGUUCCCAGCAAACCUUGGGGAUUGGAGGGGGGGCACUGACAUUUCAGUGAGUUAAAACCAGAUUAAGUUUGCAAUGUGGAUGUGACGCUUGUGUUGAUUUUUGUAGCCAGGCUGAGCUCUGGUCCAUUUGAAACACCUUUGGGAGAAUUUGAUGUUAAUAAAACAUUUUGCUGUCUUUUUAUUCUUUAAA